AUGACAAUUCAUUCUGAGCACAGGACGGCCGGGGAGGGUGGGGAGUGGGGAAGGAUGAGCGCAAACAGCCUUUCGUGGGACCAGGCUAUUCUCCAGGCCCCGGUGUGCGAUGCCUGGAAGGAGAUCAUGGAGGGAGCAGCCUACCACCUGGCCAGCUGCAUCGUCCUCCUGGGUUACAUGGGGGGAAGUGGCAUCUUCGGGUCCCUCUAUAUCUUUGGCUUCCUGGCCCCAGGCUACUUCUGCUAUGCUCUGUGGGGCUGGCUGAGUGCCUGUGGGCUUGAUAUCUUCGUCUGGAACAUGCUGCUCGUCCUCAUCUGCUUGCUUCAGCUGGCUCACCUGGCAUACCGGCUGCGCAGAGACACCAUCCCAGAAGAGUUUGACCUCCUCUACAAGACCAUGUACCUGCCCUUGCAGGUGCCCCUGGAAGUCUACAAAGAAAUCGUGAAGUGCUGUGAAGAGCAAGUCCAGUCACUAGUCAGAGACCAGAAUUACGCGGUGGAGGGCAAGACGCCCAUCGACCGUCUCUCUUUGCUGCUGUCUGGCAGGGUCCGAGUGAGCCAGGAUGGACAAUUCCUUCACUACAUCUUUCCGUACCAGUUCCUGGACUCUCCAGAAUGGGAGUCGCUGCGACCUUCUGAGGAAGGAACUUUCCAGGUCACUCUGACAGCUGAGACUGACUGCAGCUUCAUCACGUGGCCAAGGAAGAAGCUGUAUCUCCUCCUGAGGAAGGACCGCUACAUUGCCCGGCUCUUCUCCUCCUAUCUGGGCUAUGACAUCUCAGAGAAGCUCUACUCCCUCAACGAGAAGCUCUUCGCCAAGUUUGGCCUUCGCUUUGACAUCCGUUUGCCCAGCCUCUACCACGUCCUCGGCCCCGCCUAG